AUGGAGCAGAAAUUGCGCAAUCGAAGAGAAGUCUAUACACCUGCAGACUACAUUCCUAUAAUUCAAUCUGCAAGACAAUGUCCGAGUCCCUAUGAGACAAUUAUCUGUCAUAGUGAUGAUUUUUAUGCUUUUCAUCCAGUAUACUACAAAAGUAUUCGCCCUGGCAACAAAAUUGGCAAUCGCUAUGUUAACGAUGUAGUUGCAUUUCAGUAUACACCUAAUGGAAUUAUUCAUUACAAACUGUGCUUUCAAGACGAAUGGGCUGAAUUGCCUGUACGACCAAAACGUUUGGAAUCACUGCCAGACCAUCCCAAACUGUACACAGGGCCAAUUCCAAUUGAAGCUUCAAAAUACACCCACUUGCAAGAACUAAAAGAACUGAUUCCACAAGAUUAUCGUCAAUUCUAUGAGAAUUUAGUUCACAAAUAA